AAACUUCAAUUAGCAAUGUCUAAUAGCUUGCUCACUGUUCCUGGCGUUAAAAACACGCAAGUAGAUAUUGAUAAACUUACAACUGAAAUUAAGAAUGUUUGUAAAGAGAAGCACCUUCUUGAUUCUAAAGUAUGGUUAGAAAAAGUUCUCCAACUUUAUCAAGUCCAAGUCACUCAUCAUGAUCUUAUGAUGAUUGGACCAUCCGGCUCUGGAAAAUCAAUGGCAUGGAAAGUAUUACUUCAAGCUUUAGAACGUGUUGAAGGAUGCAGAAAUGUUACUUACAUUAUUGAUCCUAAAAGUUAUGUCUAA